GUUAGCAGACGGGCUACGUGGUCGUGGUGAGCACACAUCCAAACGGAACGGACAGAAACCCACCGCUGCUGCAGGAUGGUGAAAAUUACAGUAAUUAAGACCAAACCGUACACCGAUCAAAAGCCCGGAACCAGCGGUUUAAGAAAGAGGGUGACCGUGUUCCAGCAGAAUCAACAUUAUGCGGAAAACUUCAUCCAGAGUAUUAUUUCCACCGUUGACACUGCUCAGAGGCAAGAGGGCACACUGGUAGUUGGAGGUGAUGGACGAUUCUUCAUGAAAGACGCUAUUCAGUUGAUCAUCCAAAUUGCGGCAGCUAAUGGGAUUGGCAGGCUGGUCAUUGGUCAAAAUGGAAUUAUGUCAACGCCUGCUGUGUCCUGUGUGAUCAGUAAAAUCAAAGCCAUUGGGGGGAUCAUCCUGACAGCCAGUCACAACCCCGGUGGCCCCAAUGGAGACUUUGGCAUCAAGUUUAACAUUUCUAGUGGAGGUCCAGCACCAGAGGGCAUCACAGACAAAAUCUUUCAGAUCAGCAAAAGCCUCCAGGAGUACCACAUUUGCCCUGAGCUAAAAGUGGACCUCUCAACCAUUGGGAAACAAACCUUUGAGGUUGACACGUUCAAGCCCUUUACCGUUGAAAUCUUGGACUCGGUGGAAUCCUAUGCUGAGAUGCUAAGAGAUAUCUUUGAUUUUCCUGCUCUGAAGGAGUUGCUUUCAGGGCCCAAUCACAUCAACGUACGACUGGACGCAAUGCACGGAGUGGUUGGUCCAUAUGUAAAGAAGAUUGUAUGUGAAGAGCUGGGAUCCCCUGCUAACUCUGCUGUCAACUGCGUCCCCUCGGAAGACUUUGGGGGCCACCAUCCCGAUCCCAACUUAACAUAUGCUGCUGACCUGGUCAACACUAUGAAGGGAGGAGAAUAUGACUUUGGAGCAGCAUUUGAUGGUGAUGGUGAUCGAAACAUGGUUUUGGGUAAGCACGGAUUCUUUGUAAACCCAUCAGACUCUGUGGCAGUCAUCGGUGCCAACAUUACAUCCAUCCCUUAUUUCAAGAAGACUGGCGUAAAGGGUCUGGCCCGCAGUAUGCCCACUAGUGGGGCUCUGGACAAUGUGGCCAAAGCUUUAAAGAUGCCCCUUUAUGAGACACCCACAGGCUGGAAGUUCUUUGGAAACUUGAUGGAUGCCGGCAAGUUAUCCCUCUGUGGUGAAGAAAGCUUUGGUACAGGUUCCGAUCAUAUCCGUGAGAAAGACGGCCUUUGGGCGGUGCUCGCUUGGCUCUCAAUUCUGGCCACUCGCAAACAGAGUGUGGAGGACAUCAUGAAAGACCAUUGGCAGAAGUUUGGGAGGAACUUUUUCACAAGGUAUGACUAUGAAGAGGUGGAUUCUGACGCUGCAAAUAAGAUGAUAGAGGGAUUACAGACAACUAUGUUUGAUAAAGGCUUUGUAGGGCAGAAGUUCUCCUCUGGGGAUAAAACGUAUAAAGUGGAGAAGGCUGAUAACUUUGAAUACACAGAUCCUGUCGAUGGCAGUGUCUCAAAAGGACAGGGUUUGAGGAUCAUCUUCUCGGACGGCUCACGGAUCAUCUUCCGGCUCAGCGGGACAGGCAGCGCCGGGGCAACCAUCAGGCUUUACAUUGACAGUUAUGAGAAGGACCCACAGAAAAUCUAUCAGGACCCACAGGUCAUGCUGGCUCCUCUGGUGGACAUUGCCUUAAAGAUUUCGCAGCUGCAGGAGAAGACUGGCCGCUCUGCUCCGACUGUGAUCACAUAAUUACCCAAGAGCCCAUAUUCACCUCUUCCAGCCCAGACAUACUGUAUUGAGCAAUGCCUUACUUUAUGAUUAUCACCAUCAACCUCGUACCCCAGUCAUUACGUGUUCAAUGCAUCCUCUAGAAAGUAUCGUUUCAAGUCUCAUGUUUCAUGUGUUCCACAAAGUUAUGUAAAACACAGCUUAUAAAAAAUAUAAAUAGAGAGUAUUAAAAUCUAACUAAACAACUACAAAAUUCUUUUGCUUGUUGUGAUCUCUUCUUAAAGGGACAGUUCACCCCAAAAUGAAAAUUCUGUCAUCAUUUACUCAGCAUCUUGUCAUUUGUGUAUGACUUUCUUUCUUCUGCAGAACACAAAAGAAGAUAUUUUGAAGAAAGUUAGGAACCGAACAACGGUGGUACCCAUUUACUUGGUUUCGUGUCUGUACAAUAGAAGUGAAUUGGUACCGUCGCCACUGUUUGGUUACCAAUAUUCUUCCAAAUAUAUUCUUUUGUGUUCAUGAAGAAAGUCAUACAGGUUUAAAAUGACAUGAGGGAGAGUAAAUGAUGACAGAAUUUUGAUUUUUGGGUGAACUAUGCCUUAUUUUAAUUAAAUCCAUGAUGUGUUAAGAAAAAGAAUUUAAACAGUUGCAUAAUAUCCUUUUAUCAGAGUGUUUGGUGCACGAUGUUGAAGACAAUAUUUUGAAUCAUUUAAAAUUCUAACCUAUGUUUCAUAUUCCUUCUGGGAAAAAGCAUCAUUACAACUUCUGAAAUUGUUCAAACGUGUUUUACUGUUGCAGUCAUAAAAACGAAUAUGUUUUUGUAAACCAUUGCGAUAUAAACAUUGCAAUAUAUUGUGUAGCUUUUAUGUUUAACUUGUUAACAUUGGUUUACCUCAACUUUCUGUUUCAGUAAGCAAAAAUAUUUAAAUGUGUUAUUUUUGCAUCACCGCUGCACUCAUUGGCUGUGUUGUCAUCACAAACUUCCAGCCACAGUUUAUUUGCUCUAAAUUUGCCCUCAGUUGAGCGACACGGAAAAUCAGGUGCACGCACCUGAACAGAAAUGUCUUUAUUUUGCAAAACACAUAUCUAAAAACUAGCACUUUUUAAAACCUGCAUACACACACACGUCCCUAUGAUCAAAACAUAUCCUUGGGCCGUGUCAGUAAUGACCUCAACUUUAAUACGACUCAUUUAUUAGUACCUGUCAGGACACCCAUCACACACCCUCUUUUGAGUAGUUUCCUGCAUGUGUUCUGGAUGGAUAAAUGGGUGGGAUAAUUUCUUUAGAACAGGUUUCCACAUUAUAAAAGCCCCUAUGUUGACAUAGCAGGAGACAAAAAAAAUGCCCUGCUUGGAAAGUAAUGGUUUGCAGGUUGUAUUUUCAUUAGAUGUCAUUACAUGAGGUAAUAGCAGUACAGUGCGUAUUUAGCUGUCAGGUUAUUAUACGCUGAAGCUUUCUUUUAAUCUCGUUUUUUACCAGAAGAUCUAUAUUUAAUACAGAGAUUUAAAAAGCCUUUAGAAAGCUCACCAACAGAUGUGAUUUUUUAACCACACGCCUUUCAAUAGAUUUAAAGAAAGUGGAACUUGUCUAAGUAAAUUGCAACCAGCAUCUACAAGUUUUCUACUGCAUAUAUGUUCAUUUAUGUGAGUGUAAAAGAAAGCUAGAGUAAUUUUACCUUUCUUAUUAUCUGUUGAUUUUAUCUUUAAAAUAUUAAUUGGUAUGACUUUUUAACUAUAUGUAAGAGACUUUGUAACUAUAUGUAAGGGAUAGAUCACCCAAAAAUAAAAAUUCUGUCAUCAUUUAUUCACCCUCAUGUCGUUCCAAAACUGCAUAUAACUCUUUCUUUUUUGGAACACAAAAGAGGAUAUUUUGAGAAAUGUCUGCGGUUUUGUGUCCAUGGACGUUUAUAAGGAUCAAUGACAUACAGGUUUGGAAUGACAUGAGGUUAAGUAAAUGGUAAACGAAUUUUCCUUUUUUGGUGAACUAUCCCUUUAAACUAUAUUUAGCUGAGUUUAAUGUGCUUCUGCUUCUUGCGACAAUCCUGCAUCGGUUAAAUCUGGAGUAGCACAUUUCUGUAGCUUGCGUUCCAUCACGGGGUCAGAGAAAGCCCAAAUAAACAGCCGCUCGCACUGGGAAAUCUUCAGAGACAGAACCUGUUUGUUUAGCAAACACCACCCAGUUCCCAUUGCAAAGUAUGAAAAUAAACCUAAAUCAGGUUUACAGUUUAUUUACUGCAUGAUGCGUGACCUUUCUUUAUUAUUUUACACUUUGUUAUCCGCAGGGUGCUUUGCUUUACUAUCAACUGCAAAACGCAUGUUGCUUAUUUUACUGAACCCAAAAUACAGCUCUGUGGAAUGCACUGAGAUGCAACCACUGCCAUUAGAUCACAAGGGGUAAAAUCGCUAGGAUUAAACCGCAAUUGUUCCCAAA